CUUCGACCGAGUAACAGCGAGUCCCCGCGGCUGCACGGCGUUAAUGUGGAUAGUUUAGGCUAAAGCGAGAAUUACUAAACUACGCGCACGGAGCAGGGAUCAGUCUAACACCUGAAGAACAUGGACUCGACCUGAGAGCGAUGUUUUCACGACGCGCUGGAGACUUAAGAAGCGGGUUCCGGUGACAGUGUUCGUCUGUCAGGAAGUUUGACGCGCGCAGCUCAGGAGCGUUCCUCCGCUUUGUUUUGGUCGGGUAAAGUUGUGAGAGCACCGGGGGACCACCGUUACAUUCCCGCUAGACCACCGGAACACCACCGGGGGACACCAACGGGACACCACCGGGACUUUGUGACGUUGUCGUGGAAGCAGGGGAAAGUCUGUCCACACUCCAGAGACCGAGUUUAAAGACAGAUUUGCUUCCGAACAUCGGUUGAGAUUGUCCAACUUGACUGAAAACAUCCCUGGUAUUUGGACCAGAAACACUGAAAGGCCUCAAUCAUUCAUCUUUACUGUUGUUUUAGUCCGUUCUGGCUCCAUUGUGUCUCCAUGGGAGUCAGAUUUAUGACUGCCAGACACAGGCCUGUGUUUUUCCUUAUUUAGUUAUAUCCUGUUUAAUAAUAAAAGUUCAGAUAUGUACAGGAUCUGUUAUUAUCACAGAUAGUGUUGGUGCUGGGGCUAUUUUGGAUUCGAACCUGGCAACCCAGAGAGGAAAAAGCUUCAAAGUGAUCAGGAAGAGAGGCCAUUUAAUCAAAAUCGCGGAAAGUGUGCUGUCUUUUCCCUCGCAGAUGGAUUUCAUAAAGGCCACACGGUUGUUGUUGCACCUUUUUUGUUAGUUUUUUUUGUUUUUGUUUUCACAUUUUGUGGGACACCGUUCAGUUUGAAUGAAGCCAGUGAAGAAUGUGUUGGAGUGGCUGCAGAGGAGCAGAGGUGUGGACCUCCGCGGCUGGAUCGGUCUGAUGUAGGCUUUUCUCCCCCCCCUGUGAAACCUCUCAUGUGACUCAGUUUGUGUUCACAACCCGGGGAAGCGUGUGGUUGUUGUUUUUUCCUGCUCCAACUUGAAAGAGGAGGACGAGCCCCCCUGUUACCUGCAGGGAGGGGAGGGGGUGUCAGCCCCUGCCAUGGCGCCCUCACACGCACGCGCACCGGUGUGAGAAGAACUCGAAGACAGCGAAUGGACGUGAACUACCCGUGCACCCACUGCGGCUCGGCUCCACUCGGGACAAGUCCCGUCUCGCCCUGACCCGGUUCGCCAGGGCAACAGGCUGUGGGACAGCAGAGGCAAGUUUCUGAGGGCCUGUUGGGGCACCAUCGUACGCAAACUUUGCCACAAUGAAUGAGAGGCAGGCCCUCCACUCUAUAAUGAAGGACCUGGUUGCCCUCCAGAUGACAAGACGCCAGCCAGUGUUGUCGUACGACAACAGCAAACCCAAGGUGCCGGCUCAGUCCAACAGACAGGGUGAUGUCAGGAUAAAGUUUGAGUUCUCAGGGGAGAGACGGAUCUUGAUGUUUGGACGGCCUGUGCAGUUCGAAGAAAUCCAGCAGAAAGUUAAGACUGUGUUUGGUCAGCAGUUAGAUCUCCAUUACAUGAACAAUGAGUUGUCGAUCCCUCUGCGGGGCCAGGACGACCUGGACAAGGCAGUCGAUCUGCUGGACCGAAGCUCCAACAUGAAGAGCAUCAAGAUCCUGCUGCUCACUCAGGAGCACAGCAACGUCUCCUCCCCCUCUCACCAUGUUCCAUGUAAACAGGUGAGGAUCAAGUCGUCUCAAUCCACUGGAGACGUUAGCGCGGCAUACCAAUCUGCCGAGCCCAGAGGGCGCCACCUAUCAACCGGUUCUCAGAACACUGGGCGUAGCUCGCCGCCUCCUGGCUAUGUGCCCGAGCGCCAGCAGAGGAUCGCCCGCCAAGGUUCAUACACCAGCAUAAACAGUGAGGGGGAGUUCAUCCCAGAGACCAGCGAUCAGUGUGUGCUGGAUCCCUGGAGCAGUGCAGAAAACUCUGUCUCUGGAAGCUGUCAGUCUCUGGACAGCAACUCAGACAGCCCGUCAUUGAGGAAGUCUCGCAUGCACAGAGCUAAAAGCUACCCUGAUAAUCGUCAGGAGUGCUCAGACAGGGAGAAUCAUGUGUAUGACAGGGUAGCUGGAAAGGGUGGCACCUACCCUCGUAGGUACCACGUCUCCCUGCAUCACAAGGACCACAGCGAAGGUCGUCGGACGUUUCCGCGGAUUCGCCGUCCCCAGGGGAACCUGUUCACCCUCGUGCCUUCACGUCGGUCACUCAACGGCAGCGAGGAGAGUCUGGGCAGCUGGCAGCUGGUGGAUGCCCAGGGCAGGCUUCGUCCCCAGGAUCGUUCUGUUGCCCAUAAGUCACCCAGCGCCCCAGUCACAUGGCGGCGGGGGAAGCUCCUGGGCCAGGGGGCAUUUGGACGGGUUUACCUGUGUUACGAUGUGGAUACUGGGAGAGAGCUGGCUGCCAAGCAGGUCCAGUUUGAUCCUGACAGCCCUGAGACAAGCAAGGAGGUUAGCGCUCUUGAGUGUGAAAUCCAGCUGCUGAAAAACCUGCAUCACGAGCGCAUUGUGCAGUACUACGGCUGUCUGAGGGAUCUCAAUGAGAAGACCCUCACUAUCUUCAUGGAGUACAUGCCGGGGGGUUCAGUCAAAGACCAGCUGAAGGCGUACGGGGCCCUGACGGAAAAUGUGACCCGGAAGUACACGAGACAGAUCCUGGAGGGGAUGUCCUAUCUGCACAGCAACAUGAUCGUACACAGGGACAUAAAAGGUGCCAACAUCCUGCGGGAUUCAGUGGGCAAUGUGAAGCUGGGAGAUUUUGGCGCCAGCAAGAGGCUUCAGACCAUCUGCAUCUCUGGCACCGGCAUCCGCACAGUGACCGGCACCCCCUACUGGAUGAGUCCGGAGGUGAUCAGUGGAGAAGGCUACGGCAGAAAGGCUGACGUCUGGAGCCUUGGCUGUACAGUGGUGGAGAUGCUGACAGAGAAGCCUCCAUGGGCUGAAUAUGAGGCCAUGGCGGCCAUAUUCAAGAUCGCGACCCAGCCCACCAACCCAAUUCUACCCUCAAACACCUCCGACCAGGCACGGGACUUCAUCCGCUGCAUUUUCGUGGAGGCCAAACACAGGCCGAGCGCUGAGGAGCUGCUCAGACAUCCGUUCUCUCAGAUUUUGUGCUGAAACCCGCCUGGUUCGUGAACUUUCUUGCCAUGAAGUGGCACGGCAGCCUCGGCAGAAUCUGCAGCUUCCUCGAAAUCGAACCGUGACAGGAGUCCAGACCUGGAACAGUGUGAAACCCACUAAGCCUCUGCCACAAUGCAGGUGCUUCAAAGACGAAUCGGUGUUCGCUCACACUGAUCCAAAGUAGAGACAAAGAGAGCCAUACUGUCAAACAUUGGGGCCUUUAAAACCAGUGUUAGUACAAAAGUCACCACCAGGGGGAAACAAAACACAGAUGAAGUAUCACUCAGAUACACACACUCCAAUUGCAGCAUCAGUGAGUCUCUGCACAUGAUAACGUAUCCUCCCCUGUGUUUACCUUCACCAGUGGAUGUUGAUCGCCCCCCCACCCCCCAGUGCACUACAGUGUUAAAGGUUUUUCCAACUUUGGCAAUUUGCAGCUACUUCCUGUUUCUGUUCCUGCUCUGGAACAAAGAAAACUCCACCCUCAGAGUUAGAACUUCGUUACCAAUUGGUGGUUAAAAAAAAACAAUAGAUGAAGUGAUAUCACAGUUUUGUCUUUAACUGGAGUUUAAUAGCAAAAUAUUGUUCAGCUGUUGAAAACCUCUGAAGUCAAUAAGCUACGUCAUGUUUUGGUUUGAGCCCCUCAGAUGACAGAGUAUGUGCCUUAGCGAUCACAAAGUCAUGACAAGAGAUAAAUGCACAAUUGCGUCCACUAUCUUAAAGCUCCAAAGACCACGAUGCACUGCAGCUCCUCGCUCCAGUCAAAAGGAGAGAGAGAAGCAUGAGAUUUCACUCUUAAUCUUUCUGCACGAAAAAAAAAAUUGUCACUGUCAUUAUUGCAGACUUUAUCUAAAGAAGCCCUCAAAAAUCUGAACCCACUCCAGAAUUGAAUGUGUUUUCUUGGGUCAUUCCCCAUCCCUCCAAAAAUGUAAUGGAAAAAGCUUCAGUAAUUUUUGUAUUAUCCUGUGAAACAUAAGCUCCAUGUCGGAGGUAAUUAAGAAAAUCAGUGCACUUCAGUACAGACUAAGGAAUUGAAUUGAAUCAUCAUAUACAGCAUGAGGACGCGUGUAACAGUGAAAGAGGAGCUGAGUGUGGAUUUCUCUUCUUAAAGUGAGUCGUCUUUGGUUCUACCUCUUGCCUCAGUGUGACUUCUCCUUCCAGCUGCCUUCUUCCUCUCGCAGCUCUUCAGUAUCACAGUUGUUCUGAGCCUACAAUGUGCCAAAUAGGGACGGAACAGGGUCAUGGUCUGAACUUGGUAUCAGUCAGCUGACGGGGCUUUUCAUGUUCAGAGACAAUACAAAGUAAAAGCCAUAAUGUGGGACUUCCUUUGCUGAGGAUCAUAGUGUCCAUUUGUGUCCGGCCCAAACAUCCUUGACAGAGAAGCCUUAGGUUAAUGAUCGAUUUUCAAUCAGAUGCACUUUUAUGUCAAAUGAAUGUUGUGGUUUUUUGUUCUCGUUACCAAAUUUGACUUAAAAUGUGAAAAUUGUUUCACUUUUAUUUAAAUCCCCACAUCCAUUCCAAUUAGAUUUUAUAAUUAAAUAUAAAUGUAUAAAUAUAUUUUUUAUAAUUCGACUGUGUCAAAGUUAAUGAUACUUCAAGACAUAGUUUCGUUCAAUUGUAGGAAGCAGCUGGUUUUGCGGACAUUACAGAAAUGGAGUAUAUAAAUGAAAAAUGGGUGGAAAACGAGCUCUGGCUGCACGCUUCUUGUUCCAGCUCCAAGAAAAUACUUUCCACACAUCCAAAGAGAUUCAUUAAAAUGAUCACCUGACAGUUUAUGGAAACUUUGAAUCAUUUAACUAUUGUACCUUCUAACAUUGAAGAGGUCUCAUGAAUAAAACCUUGAAAAAGGCUUCAUUUACAAGAGAAGCUCCAAGUAAAUCUUUUCCUCUGAUCUGUGUUAUUAAAAUGAAAUUGAGGGGUGUGUGAGAGACAGAGAGGAGCAGGAUCAGAGCCAGUGCUGGAUGUCAGAGUUCGCUGUUCAAACCAGAAGACGACUUUGUUUAUCCCAGGGGGCUGCAGCAAAUGGUUUUCAGGGGCUGUAGCCUUAACAUGAAGAUGCUUCUACAGGAUAAAGGCAGCUUGAGUAAGUUCAGUGUUGAAGAAGACAAAGGACCCUGGGAUAAUCAAAGGAAUACAAACUAGUUCUCUAUAUAUCUAUAUAUGUAAAUGUAUGAUUAUGUAUCAUGACAGGACUUGCAGUGCAAAGUCUAAUGUAUCAAAUUUAUUUUACAUCAAGAAAAGAAUAGUAUCUUUAAUGACUUAUAUGUAUAAAUAUACAUAUGUAUAUGUAUUUGUCAUGGCCUCUACAAAACAAAUAAAGAUUUUUUUUAA